AGGUUUAAAAACACAGUUGUCAAUGGACAGUAAAUGGAUCACUAGUGGGAGUUUUGGAUCUCGAGAUGCUGUACUUGUCUUUCGCUCCACUCCUUUGAAGCAGAAAUCUAUAACUAAACCACUAUUAACAAAAGGCGAACCUUCAAAUAUUCCCUCGGAAAUGGAAAGUCUUAGAGAACAUUUUGAUAAGGAACACGAUCCUCCCUUUAAUAUACUAUCGCAGUCUACACCACUGUUGAAAACAAAAUUACCAGACCAAUUAGUAACCAAAACACCAAAUUUUGACAAAGUUCUUGUAUCCAUAAAGGAAAAUAUGGGGGAGAAAUUAUCAUUCCAGAGCCAUUCAAAAUUUAUUCAAAAAGAAUAUUGCAAACCAAAGAGGCAUUUAGACAGUUCUUUAUUACGUCACAAUUCAAUCUCUACUAGUGAUGAAGUUAAAAUAAGUAACAACCAAAUGAGCUUAAUUGCUGACAAAUCUAACACCGAACGCAUCGAUGUUAAUGUCGGUUGCGAAGAAGAAAGUAAUUUAAGUGAGGAAGAUGAUAAGAAAGAUGUUGUAUAUACACCUAAUAUGCCAGCUUUUAAAAUGAGAAUAAAGUUUAAAUUUAUUCAAACCGAAACAAAACUUUUGAGAAAAAUCUUUAAUCGCCAUGGUUUGUCAGAAGCAAGGGACGAUGAAAAUUUCAGUAUUCUUUGGACGGGAAUACAUAUAAAGCCUGACAUAUUGAGAAACCUUGCGCCUUAUCAACGUGUUAAUCACUUUCCAAGGUCUUAUGAAUUAACCCGUAAAGACCGUUUGUACAAAAAUAUUGAAAGGAUGCAACAUUUUCGAGGUACAAAGCAUUUUGACAUAGUGCCUCAGUCGUUUAUACUUCCAGUUGAAUACAAGGAGUUAGUCUCAGCUCAUAAUAAAAACCGCGGGCCUUGGAUAGUAAAGCCAGCUGCCUCUAGUCGUGGACGGGGUAUUUUCAUUGUUAACACAUGGCUUUACAAAAGGUUUACAAAUUGA